CAUGUCGUGAAUCGCGCGAGAGAAUGUUGUGCGAAGACAAGACAGCGCGUGAAAAUAUUUUACUAUUCCGAUAGUGCGACUACAAAAAAUCAAAAAAAAAGUCCUGAAGAAAAUAAAAAAAAUUACAAGUGCGAAAAAUAUUCAUCGAUGCUGUAAGUAAUAAAAUAAAUUAAUAAUAUUGAGAGUGAAGUGAUAAGUCGCAUUUGAUUACGAAGCGUUUUGCGAAGCUAGAAAUAAUACCGUUACGCCGAGAAAUCAUAAAAAAUGUGACCCAAUUUGAUGUGUGUACGUGUGCGCCGAAGGUAAAAGGAAAUAGCAGUGGAAGUGGAAGUCGAAUUGAAUAUUGCAAAAUAAGCUUCGCUUUGAGAGCUGAGCGAAAAUACAAUAUAUUAAAUUAUUUACUAAGCCAAAGAAGCUAAAAUGCUGCUUAAAUAUUGACAAUGUGAAGAGCGUGAAAAUCUAGAAGUGCUACUCAUAAAUUCUGAGCAAUUUCUAGAGGAAAACGCGAUUUUCUGCUGGCAAUUGCCAUCAAUUUUAUAUAAACUCGAGGAGAGAAUAGAAUAAAUUUUUGUAUUUUGUUUUUUGUUGGGAAAACCCAUAGGCAAAUACGUCCUGUGAAUGCGCCUAAAAGCCAGCUACAAUAGGCAAUGUGAAUAUCAGAACGCGUUCAUGUAUUUGUGUGUGUACGUGCAGAUUUGCAAAUCCGUUGGCAAACUCCACAAUUUAUUUUCCGCCUUGCUUUGCUCACAUAAUUUUUUGCAUUUUGUUACAAUGGCGCAGUAAGCAAAUUUUGUAAAACUAAAGUCAAAGUCAAGUAAAUUGUUUCAAAACAAAUUUUCCUGGCUUCCAUUUUGACAGCUGAUUUUAGAAGAGCAACAACAACAGCAACUGCACAACGAAACAAUACAGAAAGUCAAAAUACGUGUGAGAGAACUUUCGGUCAAGUGUGAGCAUAAGCGAAGAGCGUGAGUGUAGCAAGGAGCACCAGCAAAGCAAGCAGAGAGUCCUACGAGUGGGUUGUGCCACUGACAGCCACCAUAAUAACAACAAUACUCGUAUUUGCGGCAACAAGAACAAUAAAAACCAGCAUAUUUUCAAUAGCAGCACAACCUCACACAGCUCCAUUACUUCACGUCCUUCGUUCAUUUACGCCAGUGAAAAUAUGAAGAUCAACGCUAAAAUGGCAACCCCUAUUGAGGAAAAGGUUGAUCAAAAUCUGAAGAUCCGCACUGGCAUGGUAAAUGUCAGCGAUGGCAAAAGUAAACCAGAACCACUUAGACUGAAUUUAACUAUGGAACUAGUCACCUUACAAAGAUUAGAGGUAGUCACACCAACAAAUCCUCAACACAAUGGGCCACCAAUGGAGUCAAAGGAGCGCAUGGUGCAGAUUACCCGUCAAAAGCAAGGCGGCCUUGGGCUGAGCAUAAAAGGCGGCGCCGAGCAUAAAUUGCCUAUUUUAAUAUCGCGCAUCUACAAGGAUCAGGCGGCGGACAUAACCGGACAACUAUUUGUUGGCGAUGCGAUAAUUAAGGUGAAUGGCGAAUAUAUCACAGCAUGUCCCCACGAUGAUGCGGUUAAUAUACUGCGCAAUGCCGGCGAUAUCGUUGUGCUGACGGUGAAGCAUUAUCGAGCUGCGACGCCAUUCCUGCAAAAGCAACUUGCCAAGGAGACGCCCGAUUCGGACAAUGAUGCAACAUGUGCGGAAUUAAAGGCUGACGAAGGCUACAAGUCCUCGGUAAAUAAUGGCACAAUAAGUCGCAGCUGCAGUCGUCCGAUGUCAAUUUGCUCGGAACCGGAGAAGAAAUGGGUGGAAGUGGUGGCAGUGCCGCUGAUGAUGGCCUAUGUAACGCGCUAUAUCUACGGCACCGAUAAGUUACGCCCCAAUGCGUUUGAAGUACGCGGCCUUAAUGGCGCCUCGACUGGCAUAAUACACUGUGAUGAUUUGGCCAUUCUCAGUCAAUGGCUUAAGUUGAUAACCGAUAAUGUUGUUGGAUUGACGCACUUACAAAUGAAGCUUUACAACCGCAAUUUCGCCGUAGGCGAACGCAUCGAAUAUAUGGGCUGGGUGAAUGAGGGUGUCAUCAACAACAACAUCUCUUGGCAGAGCUACAAGCCACGCUUUCUGGUACUGAAAGGCACUGAAGUAAUGCUCUUUGAAACACCACCGUUAAAUGUCGCCGGUUUGUCGAAAGCAUUGGUGGCUUACAAAGUCUAUCAGACGAUGUUUCGGGUUGUGAAAGAAUCAGAAACGGUAGAUAGCCGUCAACAUUGCUUUCUGCUGCAGAGUUCUGGACAUGAGCCACGCUAUCUGAGCGUCGAAACGCGUCAGGAGUUGCUGCGCAUCGAGAAUAGUUGGAAUGCGGCCAUUGUGACGAGCGUAAUUAAAUUGGGCCGUAAAACUUUCGCCGUCUCACAUCACGGAAAAAGUGGUGGCCUGACGUUGGAUUGGCAGUCAGGUUUCUCGCUAGCGGAAGGCGCCGACUCGGCCAUCGUCUGGCAGUAUAAAUUUUCUCAACUGCGCGGUUCCAGCGAUGAUGGAAAAUCAAAAUUAAAACUACAUUUUCAGGAUCAUGAAACGCGUGCGAUUGAAACAAAAGAACUGGAAUGUCAAGUGCUGCAAAGUUUACUCUUUUGCAUGCAUGCCUUUUUGACCGCCAAAGUCGCUUCAGUUGAUCCAGCAUUUUUGAGUUCUAUACAACAAACCUAAAAUCGGCGCAUCUAAACGAAACCCAAAGCAAGUGAAGCGGAUAAAAUUCGUAUUAAUAUGCAAAAGCGGGGAAUCCAGUUUAAAUAGAGCGGAAAGAAAUUGAAAAAAAAAUAUUGUAUUGACAAAUUAACAAAAAGUAGGUACUUAAAAAAUUACUAACAAAACAAAAGCAAACAAACAAAGAAAUACAAAGAAGAAGAAAUAUGUAUUUAUAACUAAUAUUUAAAUAUGAAAAUGUAGCUUAAUAUUUAUACUUAUACUUUGGCAUAUACUUAUACUUACAUAUAGAUAUUUGAACCAAUUAUUAUAAAUACUUAGUAUGAAUAUAUUGAAAUGCAUGCAUGAUCCACGUAAAUAGAUGUGUGCAAUAUUUGUAUAACUAACUACUCAUGCACGGCACUGAGAGUGUAUUAGUGUCGGGUGUAUAUCAGAUAUACGGACCUACCCAGUUAUGUUUGCAAAGUUACGUAUUCAGGGGAAGCAUAAGCAGCAGCGCGUUUGCAAAGCGGUUAGCGAUAGCUGCCCCCUUUAUUAUGUAUUGAUAGUUAUUAAAAAUAGCUUGUUGUUAUGAGAUUAUCAAUAUAAUUACAUAGUUACGGAUUUUCUGAAUUAUUUGUUUCAAAAUUUAAUGCCUUCACCUUUGAAUGGAUAUACAUUUUGUGCACAGAAAAAAUAUUUCGCCCUGAAGCACUUACAUAUACGAGUUUAAGUAGUAAAAAUGUUAUUUUAAUGCUUGUGAAGCGCUGAGUCUCCGAUGUUUUAAAGAAUUAUACGGAAAAAAAAACUACAGAAUUCGUACAAUUUGCCUUUCCUCAUAGAUUAACCAACUAUCAGCGCUACUUAAAUUUAAUAACAUUGAUUCUGGAUGCAACAGAGGAACGAAUAUCGUAACACUUUCCAUAACUGCACUGAUGCAUAACUUUAUACAAACAAGAUCUCUUCUCCACUUAGCAACGGUUACUUCCCUGUAUUGUACCUAUGAAGUGUUGAAAAACUAAAACUAUUUAUUUCCCUAUUCUAUGCGCAUUAGUGGCAAAAAAACAGAUAAUUUUUUGCAUAUAUAAGUAUAAAAUCAUCUGUAUUCAAACGGUAUUUGCCAUUAGUUAAGCAGCCAUAGUCAAUCAACCUAACGGCAAAAAAUUAUGUACUCCGACGUUAUGAAGUUUUAUUAUAGUGUAACGGUGCUAAAGGUUUAAUUUCGGUCAUUUUUAUGGAUAAAAGUUUUAGUAAAAAAUAUAAAAAAAUUAAGAGGCAAUGUUUUUAUCAGGUUUUCCACUUUGGUUUUAGUCACAUUUUAGCUGUUAAAUGUACAUAUAGAAAUAUUAUAUUGACUUACGAAUAAAUAAAAACAAGUAAAAAUUAUAAAAAAAAGCUUCAGGAGCACUCAAAAUACUAACACUAUUUUUUUAAAUGCACACAUACAUAUAAGAACUUUUUAAUCGACUCUGCACAUCUGUGCAAAAUACUCAUACAUACAUACAUCUUUAUUUAUACUAUUUGACAUCUCUGUAAGCAUUCUUACAUUUCUGCAUGCUUUAAUAUUAUAACACACACAUACAAAUGUGCAUAAAUGCCUUCUAAGUCGUUAAGUAAAUAUGUUAAGUUCCAUAAUUUUAUAAACUUUCACCCAAGGUGUAUAAUUGUCAAGCAACACGUGAAGAUUUGUUUAUCGGCAUAAAUAAAUAUCAAGAGAACGAAAAAAACACACACGUCUGGAAAAAGGCAAGGCUCUUACUUUAUGUAUUACUUCACUUCUAUUAUUUUCUUCAUUUUUUAAGCCCUACGUCGCUUCACUAUUGCUUUAAACUUUUCAGUAUAAUAUUAUUAACUAUUUUAGUUAUUUUAAUUAUAAUAAAAAUUAGCUGCUUUCGAUUCGCCAACCACCCGCAUAUGAUUUGACAGCACUGCAUUAUUGACAAUUUUGAGAGUUCCCAAAGAAAAAACGCUACAAAAUGCAAGAAUUAUAAGAGAUGAAGUCACUGUCUUUGAAUUAGAGAAUUGUUGCGUUAUAUCAACAAAAAACUUCAAAAUAAUUUUGGGUUCUUUCCAAACAUAAAUUUCGUCACUUCUAAUAGGUUUGGGUGCAUUUUUAAUUGAUCUUUUAUUUCAAAAAUUCGAGCAACCAUUGCAUAGGCACUAUUCCACUUGGUUGAGAUUUAACCCUCCGGUGGGCACCCGGGUCUGGGCAGACUGGUAUUUUCAUUUUUAACAUAUUUCUGCAUUGAAUUUAACAUAUUUUUAUUAUAGCUAACGACUUGAACUCCCAGGUAGGUAGGUAGGUUAGAUGGCAAUGCAAAGGUGUCUUUGA